AUGUCUUCCCCACCACCUCAAGGUGGCCCUCAGCCUGGGCCUGGUCAGAUUCCCAUGCCCCAGCCUGGACAGCGACCAACUCCCGAGCAGAUCCAGGCAAUGCAGCGCCAACUUGCUAUCGACGCUGAGAAGAAUGGCAUGACUGUCCCAGAAUUCAUUGAACACAUCAAGAGACAGGCUCAAGAACAAAUGCGCAUGCGAGCGCAACAGGCACAAGAGCAAGGCGCUGACCAUCAUGGUCAUGACCACCCUCAUCCUCACCCUCAGCAACAGCAGCAAAGUCGCGCUCAGCCCAUCACUCCAGGACCUCCUAACCCUAAGGCCCUUGCUCUUGCUGCUUUCCUCCGUGGUCAAGAUCUUAAGCCCAGAACUGUCAUUCUGAAUGGCGAACGAAAGGAUAUGUUCAGAGUCAAGCGUGCCCUCCGAGCCAUCCAGUCCCCCGCUUAUGAGAAGGCCCGCAAGAAGAACCCCCUUCUUCCCGAAGUCACCGACCGAGCCUCUCUCGAGAACACGUUUAAGCUGCUACCUCUUAGCAUGCUUGCCCUUCGAGUUUCCAAGAUCGAGCCUCAGGCAGGCCCCAAUGGAAAGAAGCCCAAGCGUGUCAAGGGCCAGUGGACCGUCAAGGUCGAGCCCCAGCAAGAGGCCCAGGACGAUAUGUACUAUGCUUGGUUGUGGGAAGGCAGUCAGCUCAAGCGAAAGAUCUAUGCUGGUCUUGCCCUCCUCGCCAUCUUUGCUAUUGUCCUUUACCCUCUUUGGCCUCUGGUAUUGCGCCAGGGUGUUUACUACCUCAGUUGGGGACUUCUUGGUCUCCUUGGACUGUUCUUCCUCAUGGCUAUCUUCCGUGUCAUUCUUUUCUGCAUCACAUACUUUACCAACUCUCCUGGUCUCUGGCUGUUCCCCAAUCUGUGGGAGGAUGUUUCCUUCAUGGACAGUUUCAGACCUGUCUGGGCUUGGCAUGAGACUGAGAAGAAAAAGAAGAAGAAGAAGUCGACCGCCGCUGCCCCUGGAACCAGCGCCAACCCCGCCUUCGCAGCUGCUACCGGUCUGGCGCCCACCAGCGCAACGACAACAGGUACAGACACUCAGGUCAAGACUGGUGACGUACAGCAGCGACAUUACGAGGCGCCAAGAGUCGAAGAGCUUGAGGAUGACGCGUAG